CGCCCCGUGACGCGGUCGUGAUUCACGGGGACACCACGCCUAGACAAGCUGGGCAAUGACUUGACAAGUGCGGAGGACUCUUUACCACUGGAUGGACAUUUAAACAUCGGAUUUCCCUCUAUCUUAGCCUUCGAUAUAAGAUCCACCAUGAAGAGGCGGGCGUGUCGUGUGCCAGUUCUGUCCCUGGUUCUGCUGGCGUUGCUGCUGACUGACCCAGCGUGGGCAUGGGGCAAGAGCAAGACCUCCUCCAAAUCCAAAACGUCCUCCUCCAACACCAAAACAUCCAACAAACCCGUGGCCACCUCGCCUAGGACGAAGACCCAGGCAAAUUACCCCAGACAGCCCAGCCAAGGGGGCCAGCCAAGCAAACCAAACCCAUACCCCAAAGGGGGUACCUAUCCGGGGGCUGGAACCAACACAAACCAGCAGAACCCCGGCAGGGGAGGAACCAGUUAUGGUGGAAACACAAAUCAGCAGUACCCUGGAGCGGGUGGUUCCCCCAACCAACAGUACCCGGGUAGAGGAGGGACUCCGAACCAACAGUACCCCGGUGCGGGUGGUUCCCCCAACCAACAAUACCCUGGUGCUGGAGGAUACCCCAACCAGCAAUACCCAGGCAGAGGAGGUACCCCAAACCAACAGUACCCCGGAGCGGGUGGUUACCCCAACCAACAGUACCCUGGUGCUGGAGGAUACCCUAACCAACAGUACCCGGGCAGAGGUGGGUACCCCAAUCAGCAGUACCCUGGUGCUGGAGGGUACCCCAACCAGCAGUACCCUGGUAGAGGCGGAUACCCCAAUCAACAGUACCCUGGAGCAGGGGGUGGGUAUGGAGGUGGAUAUGGAGGUGGGUAUGGAGGCGGUUAUGGAGGCGGCGGAUAUGGAGCAGGGUAUGGUGGUGGUGGGCAUACCAACUGGAACCCCAACAAUAAGAUCUUGAGCCCUCGGUAUGGAGGAGGUUACGGGGGUGGCAUGGGAGGCUCCCCCUUCGCCCGCACGGUGCAGCAGAACGGAUACAUGCCCUCGGGCAAGUCCCAGGGCUUCGCCAAGAAGGCCAUGCUGGCCGCGGGCGUCGGGGCAGUGGCGGGCAUGGCGGUGGGCUACGGUCUCGGACGCUUCCCUCGUCCCCACUUCGGCUUCCGAAGCCCCAUGGAGGAGCAGCAGUACAACCGCUACAUGUACGAGCGCUACGGCGAGCGCUCCACCGACGACAACGACUACCGCGAGUACGUCUACAAGACGCCGCCGAAGGCCGACAAGAGCUUCCAGACGUACGAGCAGUACAUGGAGAGCUGCAUGAAGCGCACCGACCUCCUCAGGCAGGAUGGACGCAACUCAGACCAGAGCAAUCUACAGAGCGACCAGCCAUCAGACCAGAGCAAUCUACAGAGCGACCAGCCAUCAGACACCGAGGAGAGAAAGGAAGACCCAGACAAGAGCAGACUCCCCGCCGAUCAGCCCUCCAGCACCAACGAGACUCUGGCUAACGCUAACGGAACUCUGGGCAGUACUGACCCGGAGAAGAGCGGCGUCGUGGCGUCCGAGGAUCCCGAGGCAGACGCGGCCGCGGCCACGGCAACGGGGGUCAGGCGAAGGCGGCAUGCCGUUGCCGACGGCAACGCCGACGACACCGUCAGCAUCGUGGAGGUGGGCUACCCGGCGCUGAUCGACCAGCUGAAGUCGCGCCGCUGCAUGGAGCUCUACAUGGGCUACUCGGAGCAGUUCCUGCAGAAGCAGAGCCAGAGCCAGGUCCAGGAGCCGAAGAGCCGCGGCGACUCCAGCGGGCGACCCCUCGCUCUGCUCCUCACCACCUCCGUCAUGCUGCUCUGCAGCAACGUCCUACUGCAGUGAGGAAGCAGGCAGUGAGGACAUGCGUAUGAGUGUGUGUGUGUGUGUGUGUGUGUGUGUGUGUGU